AUGGCGGGACUAACUAACCAGCGUGAGAAUAAAUUACCAUAUAUAGUUAGUGCCUUUUUGUCUGCAGAUAAUUAUUCUGCUUUUGUCGUCGGCCUCAACUUUGUCUAUACUCUCACCACAAUCACACACUCUCACAAGCUUUCAUUUACUGGUGUUCCUCAAACCUUCUUAUGCACAAAUUUCUGGAACAACUGCAUCGUUCAUGUCAAGCGUGUCUCCAUCAUUGGAAGGACAACAGAACGGAAUGAGGAGAUGAGAUUGAGGGUGGUAUACCCGAGUUCCGAGACACAGAUCGCUGUCGAAUUUACGAGAAUGGGUUAUGAGGGGGGUAGACACGGAGCCUAUGGCAGAGCUCAGAUUCCAUUCCCAGUCUUGAGACAUGAUGGUGGACUUGCUCGACAUCGGAGGCACUCCCCGUCGUCGUCACUUCAUCGGCCUCUCAACCUGCGCAAUGCCUUCAAAUGCGUCCCCUCUCGUCGUCUCAGAGAAGUCAUUGAUAUGGCGUUGCCCAACCCACCCUCAACAUCAUCACGCAUGCUCCGCCGAACACAACAACGCACACACACACUCAGUGCAUUCGUUCUCAUAGUUCAAGACCUCGAGAAGACGCCCGAUAUCGCAUUCUAUGUGCAAGAUUUGGACGUAUACAUUUACAUAGAGGAUUCCGAUUGCCCCAGAAUCAUCCAUUCCCUAAACAUGCUCUCCAACCUCAUCGCAUUCUCCCUUAGUCACAUUGUCUCGCGUCCAGGAGAUCUUGAUUCAUUAUAUUGGGAUGACCUCUGCCCCAAUUUCAUAUCCUGCAUCCAUCGCAUUAUUAGCUCGCCCAAGCUGACCCAGCUUCAUUUUGCAUCGUUCACCAACUUCCCUCUGUCCACUUUCUCUUGGUGUGGUGGGGGCAUCAAAGAGCUCUCACUGUGGAGUGUCGAGUUAUCAACAAAGGGCUCUACACUCCCUGUUAUGACUCCCAUUCGCUUGCGCACGCUCGCCUGUGAUGACGCUGGCUUGAUUCUCAUAGGGCAAUCACUCAAACAAUCCGAAUAUCCCAUAUUGGAUCCAACUCGUGUUCAUCGCUUCAUCGCAUAUCUGGUAAAUGAUGAAGAUGAACGAGGCAACAUUUGCAUGAGAGAGAUACUAUCCUCUUCCGAGCUCUUGCAUAGUAUGUUCAGGUCCACGUCCACGAGCAUGGAUCAAAUUACUCCAAGAGGUCGACAAUGCGUACUGUUGGAGAGGUGCCAAGUGACACAGAACUGUUCAACGGCUACCGCUUGGCAUGCCCAAUCUAUAUAUUAUCAAAGUUGUGAGGAAUUUACGUGGAGGGAGGCUUUUGGUGGAGACGUGAAAUAUGCGUGUAACCCGCCACAUCAAGUUCAAGGGUGUUCUGGUAACAUUGCUGCUUUUUAA